AUGACAACAAUAACAGAUGAACAAUCAAAAAUGAUUUUACGAAAUCAACAAAUGGGACAAUUAUUACAGCGAACUUUGAAUAUUAAUAGGACAUUUCCUAGAUCAUUAAUAUCAGAAAUUAUACGCUGCUUAAAAUGCACAAAACCAAUCUUACUAGCAAUUCGAGCAUCAUUAGUAUCCGGAAAUCAUUAUGAGCGAUUUGUUAACGUUUGCAACCGAUUACGUGGAGUAUUACAGUGUACCAAUCAUGUACCCGGAAAAUGUUCAAGACAAUCAGGAAUUGAAUCUUUGCUAGAUAGUUUCCGGUAUUUUUGCAUUGAUCAAUUUACAGCUUAUAGAUAUAUCUUUGAAUGUUUGGAUAUUCAUUCCGCAACAGUUUUACGUGAAUGUCAAGGAAAAUGUCAAGCAAGUCGUCAAGUACUUGGAUGGUUCAUAUAUAGUUACAUUCAUUCUACUUUACCGUUUUCAAUUCCGGAACAUGAUACACCGGCUAAAAUAAAUGUGAAAUAUUUUGCUAAAAUAAGUAGCGAUGCUUGUAGCACAUUAUCAUGUUACAUUGAAUGUUUACGGGAAAAAUACAACAGACGAUGUGGUGACAUUGGUGGCAAUAUGUUUUUGGAAGUAUUAUUCAGGCCAUUGGUAUCAUUGCAUAAAUCUUGGGCAUAUAGCCCGAUAGCUACAUCAAUGAUGCUUAUUAUGCCACAAACAUGUGAUUUUCUUACAAAUUUAGAUCAAUUAAAUGAAUACAGGUUAGACGAAAAAACACAUGCCAAAAUCGAGAAUGCAUUCCCGAAAAAUGCUAAAAAUCAAUAUGCCAAUCAUUUACAAGGUCGUAAUUCGUCUGCUAUUUCAUGGAUGCCAUUUUUGAAAAAUUUACCUUCACCAUUAGAUCAAAAAGAAUUUCCAAGUGAUUCAAUGAAUUAUCCAGCACCACCAAUACAUAUCGAAGAAAUUCAAGAAGCAAUUGACCAAUUCAAAACAAUCGAUAAAAUGCAACGAUUGCAUUUAUAA